GCACCCGCAUUGUCGCCCCAAAAAAGUUCCAGCCUCGCGAUCAACUUGAACGCCCUCAGAUCACGUUCCUGCGAGCUCUCUCCAUGCUUGCGACCCUAAAGAUCGCAUCAAAAAUUGUCAACCAACCGCAGCAGUUACAAUGAAUGUGGAUAGUUACGGCUCCAGGGAUGGUGGCCGACACGGCUCGUCUCGCGACUAUCCUCCCUCGCGGAGAGAUCGCGACGAUAGACGCGAUCGAGGCGAUACGCGAGACAGAGGCAGCGGACGCAGACGCUCCCGUUCACCCGAUUACCGCAGCGGCCGAUCCCGUCGCGAAGAUGGCGAUGUAGAUGCUUACUCCUCGAGCCGAAACCACCGCGACCGUGAGCGUGAGGACCGCUACUCCGGCCGGGACCGUCCUCGGGGAGGCGAUCGGGGCGAGAGGGAAUGGGAUCGUGAUCGGGGCGCCAGGGGCCGGAGGGACGAUGACGACCGGCGCGAGCGUCGUCCGGAGCGGGACUUGAUCGAUGACCGCCGCGGACCAGGGCCUAGGCGUGACCGAGACCACGACAGAGAGCGGGAACGGCGGCGCAGCGUGUCGCCUCCCCCCAAGCAGCGCGAACCGACUCCUGAUCUCACCGAUGUGGUCCCGAUUCUCGAGCGGAGGAGGCGCUUGACACAGUGGGAUAUCAAGCCACCCGGGUACGACAAUGUCACGGCCGAGCAAGCCAAGCUUUCCGGCAUGUUCCCUCUUCCCGGCGCGCCGCGCCAGCAGGCGAUGGAUCCAACCAAGCUCCAGGCGUUCAUGAACCAACCCGGCGGUGCCGUCAACAACGCCGCCCUCAAACCCUCGAACUCCCGCCAGAGCAAGCGCCUGAUCAUCUCGAAUCUGCCCGCAUCGGCCACCGAUGAGAGCCUAACCAACUUCUUCAACCUCCAGCUCAACGGCCUGAACGUCAUCGAGACCGCAGACCCUUGCCUGCAAGCGCAAAUCGCGACCGACCGGGCGUUCGCCAUGGUCGAGUUCAGGAACAACACGGAUGCGACGGUGGCGCUGGCGUUGGACGGCAUAUCAAUGGAGGCGGACGAUGCGCACGCGGCGAAUGGCGAUGGCGCGGCGCCUCAGGGACUGCAUAUCCGCAGGCCGAAGGAUUACAUCGUGCCUGCAGUCGUCGAGGACCCGAACUAUGACCCGGAUUCCGACAGGCCCUCGACUGUGGUGGUCGACAGUCCAAACAAGAUCAGCGUAACCAACCUGCCGCUGUAUUUGACCGAGGAUCAGGUUAUGGAGCUGCUCGUCAGCUUCGGCAAGUUAAAGUCGUUCGUCUUGGCGAAGGACAACGGCACGCAAGAGUCACGGGGUAUCGCAUUCCUCGAGUACACCGACCCAGGCGUCACCAGCGUUGCCAUACAAGGCCUGCACAACAUGAUGCUCGGCGAGCGCGCGCUCAAGGUGCAGAAGGCCAGCAUCGGAAUCACCCAGGUCUCCGGAGAGAUGGGUGUCAAUGCCAUGUCCAUGCUUGCUGGCACAACAUCGACCGACGCGGGAGCCGGCAGAGUGCUCCAGUUGCUGAACAUGGUGACGCCGGACGAGCUGAUGGACAACGAUGACUACGAAGAAAUCCGUGACGAUGUCCAGGAGGAGUGCGAAAAGUUCGGCAAGAUCCUGACCAUCAAGAUCCCCAGACCGGCCGGCGGUAGCAGGCAGUCGGCUGGCGUUGGCAAGAUCUUUAUCAAGUUCGAGACGCCCGAAGCCGCGACGAAGGCACUACAGGCGCUAGCCGGCAGGAAGUUUGCUGAUCGAACUGUCGUGACAACCUAUUUCCCUGAGGAGAACUUUGAUGUGAAUGCUUGGUAAUGGGUGAAAGCGAGCGAUGGGGAUUUUGAUGGCUAGGUACCUAUCUAUCUAUGCGGGUUAGCCGGGAUGCGAAGCGCUGAACAUCACAAAAACGCAAUGUUCUCUCGGGCCCUCGGUUUCGGGGGUUAUUAUUCUUUUGAAACGGGUGGCAUUAAGUAACGUGUACAAUUAUCAAUGACGAGGGAGUCGGUUCUACGGGGAGCUACACCGGGGUUACCUCGAUCCAAGUAUUGCACAGUGACGGCUUGG